UAUAUAUAUAAAUUAAUUUGAUGUAUGUUAGAUGUUGAAGGAUAUUUGCUGCGUGCUCCAUAGGGGAAACUUGAGAAAAGCCCAUUGGAGGAGAUGAUGAAAAUGUUCACACGCUCCUCCAGACACUCUCGGGGCAUCAUGACCUCCUGUUAUUCCAUCUGCAUCGUCUUGGGUACCGUGUGUGUGAACCCCCUCUCUGCAGUACCUGAGCUCACUGUAUCUGGACAUGUGGGGUCUACAGCUGUCCUGCUGUGUGAACUGCAGACUGAAGUCACUGGAACACCGUAUAUUAUCUGGGAGAUCGAAUCUGAGAUUGUGUUUGAGAGAGUCGGUGAGGAGACCUAUCAGGGUGAGGGAUAUGAGGGGCGUGUGGACGUUCCUGAGGAAGAGCUGCGUAAGGGGAACUGUGCCUUGGUGUUGCGCAAUCUGACACCUACUGAUGCAGCUGUCUACUGGAGCGCCAAGAUAGUGAGUCGCACCAAGAGAUCUGUCAAGACAGAAAGAGUAGAGAUCAGCCGUGUUUAUCUCUCAGUCGAAGACCCCCUCUCUGCAGUACCUGAGUUCACUGUAUCUGGACAUGUGGGGUCUACAGCUGUCCUGCCGUGUGAACUGCAGACUGAAGUCACUGGAACACCGUAUAUUACCUGGCACAUCUUAUCUGAGACUGUGUUUGAGAGAGUCGGUGAGGAGACCUAUCAGGGUGAGGGAUAUGAGGGGCGUGUGGACGUUCCUGAGGAAGAGCUGCGUAAGGGGAACUGUUCCUUGGUGUUGCGCAAUCUGACAACUACUGAUGCAGCUGACUACUUGAGCGCCCAGAUACACACAGAGACAGAAACAGUAGAGAUCAGCCGUGUUCAUCUCUCCGUCGAAGACCCCCUCUCUGCAGUACCUGAGCUCCCUGUAUCUGGACAUGUGGGGUCUACAGCUGUCCUGCCGUGUGAACUGCAGACUGAAGUCACUGGAACACCGUAUGUUAUCUGGAAGAUCAAAUCUGAGACUGUGUUUGAGCGACGCGGUGAGGAGACCUAUCAGGGUGAGGGAUAUGAGGGGCGUGUGGACGUUCCUGAGGAAGAGCUGCAUAAGGGGAACUGUUCCUUGGUGUUGCGCAAUCUGACACAUACUGAUGCAGCUGUCUACAGGAGCUACAAGAUACACACAGAGACAAAUGGCAAGACAGAAACAGUAGAGAUCAGCCGUGUUUAUCUCUCAGUCGAAGAAAAACAGAAAGAAGAGCGUGAAGCUGAAAAGGAAGUUCCCAGAGGAGUAGGAGUAGGAGCAGCUGGGACUAUUGCAGUGAUUGCAGUGAUUGCAGUGAUUGCAGUGAUUGUUGCUGUGCUGUACCGGUAUAAAAGAAGAAGAAAGCAAAACUGCAGAAACCCUGAUCCUCCACACACCUACUCGCUGCCUAAUACACAAAUAAAUCCUGCAAACACAAGUCCAGAUGAAAAUCCUAAUGAUCAAGGAGAACAUCUCCUGCUGACCACAUCACCGGACGGUCAUGGUUCUGUGGUUUUGGAGGAGGGUGCUGUCCGAUACAAUCCAGUCAGGACAGAUCCUGAGUAAUGCAACUUCCAGCACAACAGUUGGUAAUAUCACUAACCCUAGGUUUCCUCUCACCUCCCAAACACAUGCCAGUAGCUGGACUGGCUGUGCUACAUCGACCCUACGUGUGAAUAAGUGUGAACGCUGGCGUGUUUAUCUGCUGAGGCUCUAAAGUGUUUUUGGUUGAUAUUUGUUUGUCUUUCUGGAUUAUACUGUUCGACGUUGUGAAUUUGCAAACUGGAUUACAUAGUUUAUGUUUCAUAUGGACUUUUAAUUUUCAUAUGGACAUUUUAUUUUGUAAUCUUUUUUCCUGGCAUGUCAACUACAGUUGUUAUGCGCUGUUCUUCACAAUAUCUUUCCUACAAUGUUUUAUCGGUACUCAUCUGCAGAGGUUUAUCAUUGGAAUUCAUCAUCGUCCCUGGCGGCCAGAGUUUACAAAACCUGUGGCACUGGGAAUUGCUCGCCACCCACGCUAUGUUCAUCCCUGCUCAUGGAAACUUUCUACUUCCAGUCUCCCUGAUACCUCUGUUGAUGAGCAAAUAUUGGCCACUCGUGCGAGGGAGACCUGGUGACUCUCCUGCCCUGAAGGAACUUCCUCCUUUAGAUUGUUUGUUUUCUUAAUUCUCCAAGAGCUGUAGGUCGUGGAGGUGGAACACCAGCAAUUUUUACGAACUGUUUUAAUGGUGCAGCUUUCCAAGGUUGAUUUUCCUCCCUCCUUUCUAUGUGCCCUAGUUUGCAGACCAGCUAAAUUUAACAAGGACUUUAAAAGGAUUUCCACAUUGAUUUAAACAUUUUGUUGUUCGUUUUUAAAGCUUUGCAUGGACUUGAUCCUCAGUACAUGUGUGAUCUCCUUACCCCGAAUAUUGCCUUAAGAUCUCUUCGAUCAUCCAGUCAAGUAUUCUUUUCAGUGCCUUGUUCAUGUUUUAAAGCCAAAGGUGACCGGGUUUUCUCAGUAGCUGCUCCCAGGAUCUGGAAUAAUCCCAUUGUUCAUAUUAGAUCUUCACCCUCUAUUGCUAUGUUCAAAUCUUCUUUGAAGACCCACUUUUAUACUUUAUCUUUUACGUCAGUCUUAGGGUGUAAAGUUCUCAUUUGUCCACCGGUAUUUGGUAUUAUUAAAUGUUUGUUUAUGAAUCUGUUUUAUACUAUUUGUACAGCACUUUGGUUUGUUUCUGUUAUUAAAGGUGCUUUAUAAAUAAAUUAAUUAAUUAAUCCAUAAUUUAUUAGCAAUGAUCCUACAUUCAUACAUAAUGACCUAAUACCAACGGACUGCAGCGUUUACAGCCUACAGGUAACUGUUACUUUCUCAUGAGGGUGAGGGAAGGAAAAAUGCUAAUUACAUUAUUGGGUUUUGGAAAGAAUUUGCACCGUGGAUCUGUUCCUAUUUUGUCUUUUUAUUGUUGACCUGAUCAAUUUAUUUAUUUAUUAUUUGUUACCUUUGUCCUGUCUAGUUUACCCAGUUCGCUGAUCACCUGACAUUUUUACCUUUUUUAACCUUGACUCUCUUAUGAUUUUGAAUUUUUUCCCUGUUUUUUUUUUUUGUUUGUUUGUUUUCCCCCCACAUUACAACACUUUGUGCACCUUCACAUUGUGACAGGGCCCUAUAGGCGAACUAUAGGAAUGGGGCCCUAUUCAGUGUUUUAACGUAGAUAUUUAAAUUUUCAGCAUACUUUAUUCAGCAUUAAUAAUUAAAAAUAUUUAGCAUGUUUGGGGGGUCCUUGGCUUCAAGGCGGUUGCUUAACUUUGCCUAGUGCUUGAGUUUUGAACAAGCAGGAUAAACAGGGUGUCAGGUUCUACAGGGUUUUUGUGAUUUCCAUAAACACCUGCAUAUCCACAUGCUCAUGUACAAAUAAAUCCUUCACUGCACAAA